AUGAGAGCCUAUACCCUGCUUUUGGUCACAAUUCUCUUGGUUAGCUUGUUCAUUACCUCCGACUGCGCCAAGGAUCGUAAAAAGAAAAAGCAGCGUCAUGAGGAACGUGAAAUGGAAGAUGAAGAAAGAGAAUCUGGAGGAAGACUCUCUGAGAAUAAUAAAGAAAAAGAAAAAGAAACUAGAGAGCGAGUUCACGCGAUGGUAGAACGCCAAGAAGAGCGAAAGAAGGAAAAGGAAGAAGAAAACAGCGAAGAAAAGGAUGAUGAAGAGGAGAAGAAAAAAUCAAAUGCCACCGAAAUCGUCGUCCCAAGAUUCAAAAGAUCCCCAUUCCACGGAGCCCUUCAACUUGUCCAGGAUGGUUUGAACCGCAUCAAACGCAGCGGCGAUAUGCAACAAAUGAAGAAAUCUGGAGAAUUGAACGAUGGAGCUCAGUUGCCGAUCAGCAAGAAGCCGGCUCAAGAGACCAACUACAAGGCUGAAAAUGAAACAAAGAAAGGAAAUGGAAAUAUCGAAAUCUAA